GCACGGAGUAAGCGCCAUAGUGGGGGGGAAUUGUGGGACAUGAAAACAUAGCCUCAAGAAUGAACAGCGCUAUUGUUAUCUUUUUCAAUACAAUAGAAAAGGCAAAUUAAGUAGUUCAGAGGGGAAUUAUUCUCGACGAUGUUCUCACCCCGUCUGCCACUUUCAUUGCCGUCUAAAAGAGUCACCCUUUACAAUGUCCUGCCGUUUAGUGAUGUUGUUUUAACACAAGCUCUAUCUCGCUACGGAAAAUUGGUCUCCUCGAUUAAAAAAAUUCCAAUUGGCCGCGUUUCUCCUUUACUGAAGCGUUGUGUCUUUCAGACGCUCAGUUUACAUGAUUGUAAACAACGACGCUGAUCUAGAGCUUGCGUUGAAUUUUCGAGUGGAUGAUUAUGUGGUUUUCAUCACCACUGACAAAAUCAAAUGCUUCGGCUGUGGUAAAGUCGCGCCAUUUGGUUCGAACUUGUCCUAGCAAACAAGAAGACGACAAUCGUUUAGCUGACACCGAAGGUGUAGCUAACGUCACUGUGCAGCCGGCCGGUGAAGCCUCAGCCGAGGCGGAUUCAGCGGUGGCGCGGGUGAGUGAUCCUGAUGGAGCUCAACGCGCUGGGACUUCGAAGGAUGAUGUGGUUUCAGUGGAGGAGGAAAUCGAAAUUGAACAAGAUGUUGUAAACGAGGAAGACAGAGGUGUGAAAUGUAAUAUUGUCCUCACCCAGCAAGACUCUAUACUUCUUCAGCCAGGACGCUCUUUUACUCUAACAUGUAAGGUGUCUGGUUACUCUGUUACUGAUGAUAAUUAUGCAACAGCCUGGAUACGACAACCUGCAGGAAAAGCUCUAGAAUGGAUUACGCAUAUAUGGGGAGGUGGAACUGUAAGAAAAACAGAAUCAUUGGCAAACACGUUUAGCAUCUCCAAAAGUGACUCUAGCAGCACAGUGACUCUUCAAGCACAAAGUCUACAGUCUGAGGAUACGGCUGUGUAUUACUGUGCCAGACAACCACAACACAAGCACUGUACAUGAACUAUUGUCUGUGAACAUAAUUAUCAUUCUAGAUUGUAUCAUGCAUUACUUAUGUAUUGAUUCCUGAAAUAUUAUUCUUAAUGAAGCUAAAUGAUCUUUGAUGAGUGAAUUUUGCCCAACACUGAGCCAAAAUAUGAAUGACAUUUAAGAUACCUUCAGCCAUAAAACAAUAAUGUUUUACAAACAUGUAUGUAAACUUGACCAACACAAAUGUAAUGCAGUUAAGGCUGUUCUUAACUCUUCACUGUCUAUGUGAGCCCUUGAAAAGGUGUUACUUAUGCAAAGCAAACAAAUCAGCCCAUUAUGAAAGCAUUUCAGUUCACUGAAGCUGCACCUUCAAAAUCUGAUCUGUUCCUUAAAUGUACCUAAUUUAUGACAUGCAAAUCCUCAUCAUCAACAAAUGACUAUAAGACUGUCAGUUUCCUCCAGUUCAGAGACAGUCCACAGACUGACAUCAAUUGAUAAUUACUACACCAAACAAAGAUAAAAGCUGUGGAUGUCCGUUCUGAUCCUGAGAUCAAUCAUGAGUCAAAUACUAUUCAUUUUAAUUGCCUCUUUGCCAUAUGUUCUUGGCAUCUCUCUGACCUCGUCUCCUGCACAGAUUAAAGCUCCUGGUGAAUCAGUGAGGUUGUCCUGUCAGAUCUCUGGAUAUUCACUCAGUGAUUAUGGCACAGCAUGGAUCAGACAGAAUUCUGGAAAAGGCAUGCA